AUGGCUGCCGCAGAACAGGUCCAGCUCCAAAACUUCCCCUCCAUCUUCUCCCUCGAGGGCAAAGUCGCCGUCGUAACCGGAGGCUCUCGCGGCCUCGGUCUCUACGCCGCAAGCGGAUUACUCCAAGCAGGCUGCUCAAAAGUCUACAUCACCUCGCGCAAAGCCUCCGCCUGCGACGAAGCAGUCGCAGCCCUCAACGCCCUCCCCAAUCUGCGCCCCGGCGCAAAAGCCAUCUCCGUCCCCGCAGACUCCUCCAAGGUCUCCGAAGUCGAGCGCCUAGUCGCCGAAGUCGCCAAAACAACAGACCACGUCGAUAUCCUCUUCGCGAACGCCGGCGCAACAUGGGGCGAGCAAUUCGAGAAGUUCCCCGAGUCCGCAUUCGAUAAAGUCCUCGAUCUCAAUGUCAAGAGUGUCUUCUUCACAAUCCAGAAAUUUUUCCCGCUGCUCACGACAAAGGCGAGUCGUGAUGAGCCGGGGCGGGUGAUUAUCACGGGCUCUGUGGCGGGUAUUACGCUGGGCAGUCUAGGGAAGAAUGCGUCGUUUAGUUAUAGUGCGUCCAAGGCCGCUGUGCUUCAUUUGACGAGGAAUUUGGCUGUUGAGCUUGGGCCGCGCCAUGUGCUUUGCAAUGCGAUCGCGCCCGGUCUGUAUCCGAGUAAGAUGGCGAAUGGGCUCAUUGAGCUCCAGGGGGGCAUGAAGGAUCUGGAAGAUUCCAGUCCGAAUAAGCGCCUGGGCAAGCCGGAGGAUAUUGCUGGACUUGUGGUGUUUUUGGCAAGUCGCGCAGCCAGUCAUUUGAACGGCAGUGUUAUUACGACAGAUGGAGGGGCCCACCUGAAGGGGAGAAUGUGA